AUGUGUGCCAAGGCGGAUUUCGAGGAAGCCACGAAGAACCAUUCAGAAAUUGUCAUCCAGGUGAAAACCCGUUUGGAAGCUGGCACUGUAGACAAGGCUGACCUCACUUCCUUGGAGAAACUUCUGGCUGUCUUUGAGAAGUUCUAUGAUAAGGCCAAACAGGUCUUCGCGAAGUUUGCAGACGAGCUUGACAAGCUCUUCAAAGAAGCCGCGAAAGUGGUAGGGUCGGCAGCCACCCUUGCUCAGAAGGUCCAGGCUCUGUUGGAGGCGUUGGCAAAAUGUUACGAGAUCUACCAAAAAGUGGCGGCUAGCUGGUAG